AUGAACUGCUUCAGGAGAGCUAUGGGAUGGCGCCGACUCGACCUCAUGCGUGUUUUCCCCAGAGUACUGGACAUUCCUGGACCUCGCCAUAUCAGCAAAAAAUCCGUAGAAAUGGCAGCGCCACGCCUCGACCGCCUUCCUAUGGAACUUAUUGAGAUGGUUCGAUCUUAUUGCCCAGAUGCCUCUUUUUGGAAUAGGUUGCAGCUCCUGUACUUGCAAGGUUUCGUUUCUCUGGGUCGACCUGUGAUCGAAAGGAAUCUCUCCUGCAUUACGCGUUGGGAGCGCGGCGACACUUUACCAGUCGAAGGGGAACCUCUAGGAGAUAGCGAAUAUCUUCUCAUCAGUCUUGAUCCGGACGGUAUAUGCAAGAUCCAGAGACUUCCCAAACCCAAACAUCCUCGUCCAAACCACGGUCCCCUCGUGAAGCUCAGGAAGAACGUUCUCGCCAACAACCAAGACCUUGAAUCUGUCAAAGCCUACUUCUAG